AUGCCUGACAGUGGCGUCUCUCCCCCAACAGUGCUGGUCCCCCAUGAGGGCUCGCUGCACUAUGUCUCCAUCCUCUCCAUCUCCAACUCCAGCUCCGACACCGGCUCCAGCUCUGGCUCCACAGCAUCCCCUUCCCAGCUGCCCCCUCUGUCUGAGUGGGAGGCGCCCACCUUCACCCGUGCGGCGCAGGUCCGCGUGGCGGCCACCCUGUUUCUCUUCCUGUUCGCAGCCGUGAGCAACCUGGCACUGCUGAUCAGCGUGUCGCGGGGGCGGGGCAGGCGCCUGGCCUCGCACCUGCGGCCGCUCAUCGUGAGCCUGGCCAGCGCCGACCUCAUGAUGACCUUUGUGGUGAUGCCCUUGGACAUGGCCUGGAAUGUCACGGUGCAGUGGCACGCCGGCGACGCCAUGUGCAAACUGCUCUGCUUUCUCAAGCUCUUCGCCAUGCAGGCGUCAGCCUUCAUCCUGGUGGUGAUCAGUCUGGACCGCCACCACGCCAUACUGCACCCGCUAGACUCCCUCAACGCCAACCGCCGCAACAAGAGGAUGCUGCUGCUGGCAUGGACACUCAGUCUACUGGUGGCCUCGCCACAGCUGUUCAUCUUCAGAGCCAUAAAGGCGGAGAAGGUGGACUUCACCCAGUGUGUGACGCACGGGAGUUUCCGGGAGCGCUGGCAGGAGACGGCCUACAACAUGUUCCACUUCGUCACCCUCUACGUCAUACCGCUCCUCGUCAUGAGCUGUUGCUACACCCGAAUACUCAUCGAGAUCAAUAGGCAGCUAAACAGAAACAAAGGUGGUGAGUCGUGUCUGAGGCGAAGUGGGACAGACAUGAUCCCCAAGGCCCGCAUGAAGACGCUGAAGAUGACCAUCAUCAUCGUCAUGUCGUUCGUGGUGUGCUGGACGCCGUACUACCUGCUGGGCAUCUGGUAUUGGUUCCAGCCCCGCAUGCUGCAGGUGACGCCUGAGUACGUGCACCACAUCCUGUUCGUCUUCGGCAACCUCAACACCUGCUGCGACCCCGUCAUCUACGGCCUGUACACGCCCUCCUUCCGCGCCGACCUGGCACGCUUCCUCCGCUGCUGCCACUGCCCGGGCACCUCGCCACGCUCGCUAGACCGACUGUCCGCCCGCCAGGGACCACACAGCGGGGAGCAGGAUUCAGACCCACCCAGUGGCAGUGUGAAAGGCCAGGAGUAG